AUGGUUGAUGAACGCGGAUAUUCAGAGAGUGAAUUUGCUGGGAAUGAUUUUGAUGAUUUUGACGACGAAGAAUAUUGUGAUAGAGUAGAAGAAGAUGAAGAUGAAGAAGAAGAUGAGGAGGAUGAAGAUGACUACAAAGAGGAAAAUGCACGUCAGGAGACUGAAGAACAAGCACGAGCACUUCUUGAAAAAGCCAAGACAUCCAAAGUUGUCUUUGUAGUGAGAACAAAUGUUGCAUUUCAUGGAUCGUUAUCAGAUGACUGUCCAGUCCCUGGAAUGGCUGUUAGCUUCCAGGUUAAAGAUUUCCUGCAUAUUAAAGAAAAGUUUAAUAAUGAAUGGUGGAUUGGUCGGUUAGUUAAAGAAGGCUGUGAGAUUGGCUUUAUCCCAUCACCUGCAAAAUUGGAAGCAAUGCAGAAUUUUGGUUCUAGAGGAAUGAGUAAAAGUUCUACUGGAAAUUUUGAUAAUGCACGAAGUGGUAAUUCAAGACCUUCUACACCUCCUGCUGAUGUUGAUGCAAACAACAGAAGUUAUGAUGAAGAUGGCAAUCCUAGAAGAGAAACAGUAGCUGGGAAAAUUUCUGUCAGUGCAAGAGGUGGUCGUAAACCAUUUUUCAAAAAGAGUGACAAUUUACCUCCAUAUGAUGUUGUACCAUCUAUGCGUCCUGUUGUUUUAAUUGGUCCAUCAUUAAAAGGCUAUGAAGUGACUGAUAUGAUGCAGAAAGCUUUAUUCGACUUUCUAAAACGACGUUUUGAAGGAAGAAUUAUUAUAACAAGAGUGACAGCAGAUAUCUCUCUGGCCAAAAGAUCUUUAUUGAAUAAUCCAACAAGAAGAGCCAUUAUAGAUAAGUCGUCUGCAAGAAAUCAGUCACUUGAGGUUCAACAAGAAAUUGAACGUAUAUUCGAUUUAGCACGGACACAACAACUUGUUGUACUAGACUGUGAUACAAUUAAUCAUCCAAGUCAAUUAGCUAAAACUUCACUUGCACCUAUUACUGUUUAUUUAAAAAUUAGUUCAACAAAGGUAUUACAACGUUUGAUUAAAACACGCGGUAAAUCUCAAGCGCGUAAUAUGAAUGUUCAAAUGGUUGCAGCUGAAAAACUUUUACAAUGCACUAAUGAUCAAUUUGAUGUAAUUUUAGAAGAAAAUCAACUUCCAGAUGCAUGUGAACAUUUAGCUGAGUACUUAGAAGCCUAUUGGAGAGCUAGUCAUCCAACAGGGAAAGUAACAAAAGCAGAACGUAUUCUUGGCAUUGGUACUGGUGGUGGUGGUAAUCCCAGUCAACCUGUUGAAAAUGAUACAGUGCAUGGAAUGCAUCGACGUCAAAGUAAUGGAUUUAAAAAUGAUAAAAAGAAAUGUAAAAAUGAUCAAGACCACCAUCAACAUCAUCAUCAUCAAGGAUCUAAGCCUUAUCCAAAUUCAACUAAUUCACCAAGACGAGAUUCACAACCGUAUGAUAAUGAUGCACGUUAUCGGGAUGAACAUGAACAAUUAUCUGACGAUUAUAGUCAUGAACAGUACAAUGAACCACGACGAGUUAUGAAUACUCCUCUAACGGAUGGUUAUACUUCACCUCAUGAAUCACGGAUUCCAUUAAAUCAAGCAAUGAGACAUGAUAGAUACCCACCAGAACAUGAUCGAAUGAAUCGUCCCCCAGUUGGAGUAAACAAUAGAUAUCAUCAAUCUCAAUACGAUGCUGAAGCGAUGGGAUCACCAGUGGAGCAUGAACGCUUUCUUGAGGGUGCAGAAUACUCUAGACCGAGACGAAGUCGUCAAGGUUCAAUUAUGAUAUAA